UAAAUGUCAGGAAUUUGGUUUGGUGGUUGAAAUAUCCUGAAAGAGGAAAGAACAGGAUCUCUCCUUAUGAAUGGAUAUAUCGAUCUACGUUUACCGUCAUGCAUGCAGCCGGGCCUCUAGCCUGUGCUUUGUACACCCAAGCCAUUGAGCCAGUGUGCAUCCAGUAGGUGGAGGCUCUUCCUCCCUCUAGCCUCCAUUUCUUCCCCCGCUGCCUCCAUCAGCCCCAGAGUUCCCUAUGUUAACCCUCUUGAGCAUGUUUUACUAUAUCUGUCUGCGGCGACGCUCCAGGAGUGGGACUCGUGGAGAGGCGCUGACCAGUCGAAGGGCUGUGGAAUCCGGCCAGCGGGCGGUGUUGCCGGUCAGUGUGGAGGUGGAGCAGUAUGCCAAGGAGGUUUCGGACUUCAGCUCCCACUAUGGCAGUGAGAACAGCAUGUCCUACACCAUGUGGAACCUGGCUGGGGUACCUAACGUCUACCCCAGCUCCGGGGAUUUCACCCAGACGGCUGUUUUCAGAGCUUAUGGGAAGUGGUGGGAACAAUGCGCCAGUGCCCCACCACCUUUCCGCCGCACUCCCAAAGGCUUCCACAGUCAGGAUUAUAUUGAGCUGUGCUUCGAGGAGCCAGUCUACCCUACAGCAGUGGAGGUGCUUGAGACUUAUUACCCUGGAGCCAUCGUCCAGAUCAUGGCCUGCUCACACAACCCCUUCUCCCAGAAUCCAGCAACUGAUGUCAGGUGGGAGGUGCUGUGGUCAGGGGAGCCUACCAAGGUGCUGACACCCCAGGCACGCCAGUUUUCACCCAACAUCAAGCACAUCAACUUCCCCACUAACCUGCUGCGUCUGGAGGUCAACAGCUCUCUGCUGGACUACUACACUGAGCUGGACGCUGUCAUCCUGCGUGGUGUGAAAGAGAGGCCCAUGCUGGCACUCUAUAAGAUGCCAAUCAUCGACAUUAGUGACCUGAGUGACAGCGACGAGGAGCUUUCUGAUGUUGGAGGUCCGUUCAGACAAGGAGACAGCAAGCACCAGAGGACAGGAAAUGGCUACUUUGACAAACUGCCCUAUGAGCUCAUCCAGCUGAUACUGAGCCACCUGACCCUGCCAGACCUCUGCCGUCUGGCCCAGAGCUGCAAGCUGCUGCACCAGCACUGCUGCGACCCGCUGCAGUACACCCAGCUGAGUCUGCAGCCCUACUGGGCCCGGCUGAGUGACGCCUCCUUGGGACACCUGCAGAGUCGCUGCACUCUCCUCCAGAGGAUCAACCUGUCCUGGACGGGCAACCGCGGAGCUCUCACCCUGACCGGUUUCAGCAGCUUCAUGAAGACCUGUGGGCUCAGCCUGGUCUCCCUGGAGCUGUCUUGCUGCCACUUCCUGAACGAGGCGUGCCUGGAGGUCAUCUCCCAGACCUGUCCGGGCCUGCAGGAGCUCAACCUGUCCUCCUGCGACCGACUCCACCCGCAGGCCUUCACGCACAUCUCCAAACUAACACGCCUCCGUAGGCUGGUGCUCUACCGUACCAAGAUAGAGCAAACAUCUAUUCUAAGCAUCCUGACUUUCUGCAUAGAGCUGAGACACCUCAACCUAGGGAGCUGCGUGAGGAUUGAGGACUAUGAUGUCGUGGCUAGUAUGCUGGCUGCUCGCUGCCGCUCACUGCGCUCAGUGGACCUGUGGCGCUGCAGAAACCUGACAGAUCGAGGCCUGGCCGAACUCACCUCCGGCUGCAGAAUGCUGGAGGAGCUGGACCUGGGCUGGUGUCCCACAUUGCAGAGCAGCGCUGGUUGUUUCCAGCACCUCGCCCGCAGCCUGCCGCGCCUGAGAAAGCUCUUCCUCACUGCCAACCGUACUGUCUGCGACUCAGACGUAGAAGAGUUGGCCGCAAACUGUCCAUCACUACAGCACCUCGACAUACUGGGUACGCGGCUGGUGAGCGCUGCUUCGCUGAAGAAACUCCUCCAAUCGUGUCCGCGGCUUCUCCUCCUGGACGUCUCCUUCUGCUCCCAGAUAGACAUGCGUGUCGUCCAAGAGCUCUCGGGCCUCUUCCCCAACGUGGCCAUCAAGAAGAGUUUCACUCACUGACCUGGGCAUCGUCUCAUUUCUCACUGUCCUGAGAGAGUCGGUGGAGGGAGGUGCUCGCCAGCAGACACUGCCCCGAAGGCGGCAGAGCGGCAGGUCAGAUUGCUGGAGAAGAUUGCAGAACUACCCGCAGCUGCGUCACAGACAAGAUCUUCUUUUAGCAGUCAGUAAAUAAAGCAGUGAGACUGGGUGAGGAGGUUCUUUGGAUUAACAGGCUGAACACAAACAACCACAGACUCCCAGUCACAGGAUUAUAGAACGUGAGAGUUUUUUUUGUUGUUAUUUUUUUUUGGACACUUUAAAAAAGCAGGGUCGUUGCAGUAAAUCUGCUACAUCUUCCCAGAAUAUGAAUCAUCACUUACAUAUUGCCAAGCAACACAAGGCCAGGAAAUCUGCCUUGUUACUGGAUGCAAGACACAAAACAAAGCUACAUUUGUGAGCAAUCCUCCCCUGAACAUCUUGUUAGGAUGAUAAAAAAAGGGACAAAAAAAAGAAAGUGUUAAAAUAAACCCUUAUUGGAAACUGCUGGGGAAGAAACAAUAAGAUUUGGUAGUCACUUACUAAUGGCUUGUUAAUUUAAUUAAAGAUCAGGGCCUUGGUCAGUGCCUUGUCAGAAUGUGCAGUAAUCAUUUGCUGUUUUAAUGAAGAUCAGACAUGCUGUCAGAGCUCUAAGGUGUUAUUCCAUUCUGAGGGAAACAUCAACAUCAAGCCAGUUUGAUUCAGUCCAAAUAAAUCAUACAUGAUAGUUUUGUGUUCAAAGGCAUCUAGAGUGCAAGUAAAGGAGAAAAUGCAGCCUUAUUUCACACAGUUUACCAUGGAUUGUGUUAGCUCAAACCUUAAAGGCAUACUAUGCAGGAUUGGUCCAUAGGUGUUUGUAAACUCAUAAUUCAAAGUUGGCCCCUCCUCUCUGGCUCAACCACACCAGAGUGUAAGAGAGAGAGAGAGAGAGCAGUGGUGAUGGAGGGAGCUAGAGAGUGAAUGAAGACAGGGAGCAUCGCUAGCGAGAACAAACCAGUGAAUCCGAUAGAUAAAGUGUUAUUUUCUGAUUGUUUUCACGGUGGUUAUGUUCUAAAGCACAAAUUAACACACCCACACCUCUGUUCAACCCUGCGGGAAGGGGCAGCAUUGCCGGAUUUUGUGUGAAUGCUCUGGUGUGGCCCCUCUGCUCUGUGUGUGCGUGUGUGUGUGGGUGUGUGGAGCUCAGCCCCACACUCGAUCAAACAGACACACAGACAGAGACAGUGACCAAGUGAUGAUUGAAAUUAUUUUUUUCAUUAUUUGAGUCUAUACAUUGUCUUUUUAAGAAAAUCCUGCAUAGUAUGCCUUUAAUUCAAAUAUCAAGUUAUUUGUGUUGUGUUUGUGUAUUUGUGUUAAUAAUAUAAAUACAUAAAUACAUCUAAAUAGUAACAAUAUAUUCAUUUGAAAAGAGCUGUAAUUGAGAUUGUGAGAGUUACCAUAUUUAACUUCCCUGUCUUGGGUCGAAUUUCUGUUUAAAUCUGCCCUUUAAAAUUUGGUUAUGUUAGAUGGUGCUCAUCACUUUAUCCUGCCCGAAAAAUCAGGUUGGGCACUUUAAUUAGCCAGAACAAUGUUAAUGGUAAUUAGAUAAAUUGAUAAUGAAUUCUGAGGACAUUCAGGUCAUUCGUUUAGUCAUCCUAUUGGCCGUUUAAUUUUAAGGAAAUUAAGGGUGUUGUGCUUUUAGGUUAUGGAAGAAGUUAAAUGCUAAAUUGAUCACCCCCUGUACAUGACUCUCAUGAUGUCGCACGCUUUUUCUGUUGUCAUUUGCACUGAGCUGUGUGUCACUGCUAUUACACUACAGCCUUCUAAUUACUUACCUACCAAAAUGAAGUUACACUGAUGGAACGGAGGUCUGUCUUCAGCUGAGGAUUGCAUGUUAAAAUGACACAGUGUAAAUACUGUAUGUGACCACAGUAUUUGUCCUGAAUCUCAGGGGUUAUAUAUUCCAUCUGGUUUUAAUUCGUUUUUUUGACAUAUAUUUUACUCCAGAAACCAGCACAACAGACAUCUGUACAGACGGUACCACCAGACUGUCAGUUUACCUGCCGUCUGUGUUAAAAAAGAAAUGUACUAGAUACAAAUAAUCAGUCAGCACUGAUUUCUUUGAGACAAAGGAAAAAACAACUUGCUUAUCGGGUGUUGCCAUAAUUGUAUGAUUGUGAAAACGUGUAUUGCUAUUAUUAACUAUUUAAUUUUUGUAAUAUUUGAGGCCGCCAUUGCAGUGUGGCAGAAGUGCUCGUGGAGCAUUUCCCUUUUGAAAAAACUUGAAGUUUUCUUUUAAGCACACGCUACUAGUCAAUAUUUAAGAGAUAUUUGUGCCUUAUACUCCUGUUUGAAUGUGGUGUGAUGUCCAUGUGAUUGUAGUGACACGCUUUGCUUUUACAUCUUUCAACCAAAGUGAUACGCAGAAACCUGGUCUUUAGUCACACAGCUAUAUUUGACCAGUUUAUAUGCCAUAUACUGUAUAUCAGCCAUGUUAAUUAAUAUGCAAAAUAUUUAUUUAUAUUUCCUUGUGUGGUACACAUUUUAUUUAAAGGUGCAGUUUGUAGAAUUUAGUGGCAUCUAGCGAAAUUGACUUGGAAGAAAUAAUAUAAUAUUUGUUAGUAUAGUAUGAAUAUGUUUUUAAUUAGAGUAUAAUCAUUUGAAAAUAAUUGUUGGGUUUUCAUUAGCUUAGAAUGAACCAUUUAUAUUUAUAUAGAGAGCAGGUCCUCUUCAACAGAGCCCGCCAUGUUUCUACAGUAGCCCAGAAUGAACAAAUGAAACACUCUAGAGAGGGACUUUUUUGUGAGUUUGUCAGUUUGGUGAGUUUUUCCUACAUUCUAUGAUGGAGAGGGGUAUUCAGGUGGUUGUUAUCUGCAACCUCACUGCUAGAUGCCAUUAAAUACCACACACUGGUCCUUUAAACUCAUUAUCUUUUGAGAAAUACAAUGUGUGUUUGUUUUUGCUUCCCCAAAGUCAAAUGAGAGCAAUGAUAUUAAUUUCAUCUUAUUGCAUUCACUACAUGUUUAGCUUAGCUUAGCUUAGCUUGGCGCAAAGAAGGGAAAGGACGACUUUAGCCUAGCACAAAGAACGGAGACAAAGGAAAACUGAGCCUUGCUCCAUUAAUGGAAGAAAGAAAAGCUUUCCAGCAAGACCAGACCUGUUUUAUUUACAUGUUGUAUCUUGUUUAUUGAACACAUACAGAAGUAGAAGGUAAAAAGAGGACAGUGUAGUUUUAGAUCGAUUUAGCUUUGGAGAUUUAGCUUAAACAACCACCACAGUGACAGUGACUACACAUAACACUGCACACAGCUCGGCCUCCUACUGUACCAUGAAUAUGGAUGUACUGUGUGUGUGUGUAUAUGUAUAUAUAAAUAUGUAUAUGCACAUAUGUAUAUGUAAGACUUUGAUUCUGUUGAAAGACAUAAUUUCUUCUGCUUUUGAUGGAGCAUGGCUAGCAGUUCUCCUUUUUCCAGUCCUUGUGCUACAUUGCUACAUGUAUGCUAGUCUAAACAUGUCCCAGAGGAUCAUUGUGCUCAGUGGCAGAAAUCAAAUAGAUAUCAGUCCUCCAAUCUAAUUUGAUUGAAAACCUCCAAAUGUCAGACUAUUUCUUUCAAAAUUGCAUUUAUGUUCAGAUGGAUAUUUUUCAGUUUCUUUCCAGUCUGAGCGGUGUUUUAAACAGCAUGGGUGCGGUGACAGUAACCGUUCAUAUACCAGCCUUCCUGUUCAGAUGAUGCAAACGUUACUUCAGUGAGUGGAAAUCAGGUAGUUGAAGCAGAAAGCCAAGAUAUCCAUAUACCACCUUUUGUGUGGCCCACCUAAAUCCAGGCAGUAAUUUCAAGUUUCAUUUGAGACAGUUACUUCUAAAAUUACCAUAGCAACACAAUGAAAAUACUGCAAAUAUUUAAUAUGUACAGCAACUACCAGUUACAACAGUUAUUUAAGGUUAGCUAUUUAAAAAUGAACACUACCUGCUUUUUGUUAACCCUAACCCUGACCAAUGAAGCAGUUUGCAGUGUUUGUGUUGUAUCUGCUCCCUACCUUGAGUGACUGGGAUGGUCCUGAUUUUGUGUAAUGAACAUGUAUUCUCUCUUCUCCCACUUCGGAUGUGUGGUCAACCUACGUGCCAUUUGUAGGGCGUGCGGCGAUGCUCCAUGUGCUACAGUGUGAACUCUCUGUGAGACGAUAGCCACUUGUUGUGUGAAAAGAUCGUGCCUCUGUCAUUACAAAACUGGGUGCUUCACUUUCACCUGAUUUUAAAUAAACUGAAGG